AUGACGCCCUACCACGAAGGCUUCGAACUCACCGCGCAGGAGCACCGGCCACUCUCCGACUAUGGAACCACGACCCUCCGGUUGCGGGUGGCCCAAGAGCUGCAGGUUGGGAUUGGACUUGCCGCCCAGGUGAUGGUGGUCCAAGAGAUAAGAGACAAGAGUCAUGGUCCUCACGGUCAUGAGGAGGCGAGUCACGCUAGCGAGGGCCAGCUGGGCCCCAGGAUGGUUGCCAAGCUGUUUGAUGCGAAAUACCUUGACCCUUACGACCACCCCCCCAGCUAUGCGAAUCGCCAGUAUGUGCGGGAAACUUCAGCCUACGCUUAUCUGAUCCGCCACGGCCUGGGGAAGCAUAUUCCAAAGUUCUAUGGCUCGUGGUCUACGAUGAUCGCGGACACCCAAGGUCGGCAGCGAUCGGUCCGGCUGGUCCUGACCGAGUACAUCGAAGGGAUGGAUAUGGCGCACCUGCGGCCGGCGGACUUCUCGACAGAAGAACGCAAGGAUCUGAUACGCCAGGUGGUAGAAGCCGACACGCGCUUCUAUGCCCUAGACUUGAGCCAUGGCGACUUGUUCCCGCGGAAUGUCAUAGUGACUGAGACGCGGCGGGUUGUAAUCGUUGACUUCGGGCUGGCCGCGAUUGGUCGCUCUGCCUGCGAUAUCUACGACUUCGAGGACACCGAUGAUCUGCUAGAUGGAAGAUACAUCAGCCCUAUCGUGCGCUGGUGGCGCACCGAUCACGCAAACGACGAGUGGGCCUUGUCCGGUUGGAUUACCUGGAGCCGGAAUCAGUGGCUGGCCGACACUUGGACUAGCGAUAUUCCCGGCAUCACGCCGGCCAUGCUGAAGUGGCUUCCGUAUUCUGAGCGUCAGAAGCCCUUCUUCUAUUUUUUGUUCCAUGGGUGUGAUCGAACAGCGCCCAACUGGUAUGUUGCUUAUAAAGACCAGACGCCUUUUUAG